UAUUUUCAAUUAUUAUUAAUGUCUUCGAUUGAUUUUGUUGUAGGUCAGUUUUGUGUGCUUCAAUAUUGAUAUAAGACCAUUUAAAAUGUGUGAAACAAAUUCAUCAGUUUACGCGAAAAUGAAGCUCAAGGUUAUGUUAAUAGGAUUUAAUAACUUUAUACAAGCUCUUACAGGUUUUGGUUUUUCACUGUACGUUAUAGUAAUGGAAGACUAUAAGCAAAUGAUGUUUAAAUUUACUAGUAACUUGCAACAUGCAUUGAAUAUGAAUAUAGACAGUAACGUAAUUUACUUGGUCGCUGGAAUUAUCGGUGUUAUAUACUUAUUAGCGAUGAUCUUCUCCGUUCUUCUGGUUAUUGGAAUAAAAAAGAAUAAACCUGGUUUUGUGCUCGCUUAUUUUGGAUAUAGUACAAUGCUUACAAUGCUAAUAAUAUUAAGCGCACUAUUGGAGCUCAUUCAAUGUUAUUGGAUAAUAGCCAUUUGUACCACAGUUUUAUCAUUUUUUUACAUAUGGUCCCUCAGUACUGUAUACAUUGUAUAUGACAUGAUGCAGAAUGGUUUAAUAUUAAGCACAGACGGUCACAACCUUAUUGAAAACGAAUAUUAA